AUGGCAUUCAGGUCGGAGUCGCUUAACGCACCAGGGAAAAACAGCGCGCAACGCAUCAAAACCAAAGAUGCCAAACUGCACCUGCGGGUCAUCUUCCUAGACGACAGCGAGCGAGUUUUCGAGGUUGAGCAAAAGAUACUUGGCUGUGACUUCUUCAAUAAAGUGUGUGGUCACCUAAAGCUCCUGGAGAAAGAGUACUUCGGCCUGGAAUUUCGCCACCGUAAUGGCAACUAUGUGUGGCUUGAACUUUUGAAACCACUGGCAAAACAGAUCAAGAACACCAGUGAUCUGGCAUUCCGAUAUAUUGUCAAGUUUUUCCCACCAGACCCAGGCCAGCUGCAGAGAGGCUUGACCAGGUAUCUGUUUGCCCUGCAGAUAAAGCAGGAUUUGUGCAACGGCAGUCUCACCUGUAAUGACAACAGUGCUGCGCUACUGGUCUCUCAUAUAUUGCAGGCGGAACUUGGGGAUUAUGAUGACGAGAUGGAUGCUCAUCACCUGGAGAGUAAGCAAUACGUGCCUAAUCAGGAGUACCUGGACCACAAAAUAAUUCGCUUUCAUAAGAAACACAGAGGUCACACUCCAGCCCAGUCAGAUGUUCAUUUGCUGGAGGUAGCCCGGAAACUGGACAUGUAUGGCAUUCGACCACAUCCUGCCAAUGAUGGAGAAGGCAUGAGAAUCAACUUGGCUGUUACUCACAUGGGUGUACUGGUAUUCCAGGGAAACACAAAGAUCAACACCUUCAGCUGGGCAAAGAUCCGCAAGCUGAGUUUUAAGAGAAGGCACUUCCUCAUCAAGCUCCACACAGAGGCUGGGCCUUCAUAUAGGGACAUGGUUGAGUUUACCAUGGCAAGCAGAGAUGUCUGCAAAACAUUUUGGAAGAUGUGUGUGGAGUACCACGCUUUCUUUCGUCUAGCUGAAGAGCCCAAGCCACAUGAGAAGUCCUUGUUUUCCAGUAAGGGUUCCAGCUUCAGAUACAGCGGCAGGACACAAAAGCAGCUCCUAGAGUGUGUUGGCAGUGGUGAGCACAAACAUGUACCAUUUGAGAGGUCACACAGCAGACCUGCUUAUGAAUCUCGGCAAUGUAAAUCAUCCCCUGAUUUACUCACUGAUGUAUCCAAACAGCUCUACGAGAAGGGCCAUCUAUUUUCUCAUCUUGCUGUUUCUAACCAGUACACAGAUGUUUUUGCACGUGACCUUGGGCAAUCCUGCUCCCUGUCACAACACGCUGCCUUCUCAAACAGGGCUACAUCCUCAAAACCGCGUUCCAUGUCCACAUCUGUGGCAGAGCGUCGAGGCAGAGCGUCUCAAAGGCCCGGGGCGAGAAGACGUCAGUCCCCUAGCAGUCAACACCUGGUCUUGCUCUAUCCCAACAGCCCGCACUUGCAGUUUCACCCGGUACUGCCUACUUUCCCUCUAUCAACGUAUCCUAUCUUGGUACAAGAUGACACUUCGACUUCUCUGGACCGCCUGCCACAAGCUCGUCAGAGUUCGACCCCUAUAAAGUGUUUGCCCAGACAAGCAGACCGCUCCUCUUCACCUGCUUCUUCUCUGUCACCACCACGGAGACAACAGCAUCUGGAGAGGUUACGUCUCUCGGGGAUAGGACUAGCAGGAUCAAGACUGCAUCCCCUAUCAGACGGAAGACUAGGUGUGGGGUUAAACAGAAGGCUCAACAUGGGAAGGAUGGAAGCAGGGCACUACAGUGAUGACUCCACCUUUCAAAGUGGCUUACCUCGCCGAGCAUCAAGCCAACCAAACGUGAAAUUUCAAAAACCCACCCUUGCUUCUGCGUCUCCUGCAUACGCUUCAGAGUACCGACCAUUAGGAUACUAUCCGCAUUUAUCAAGACAUCAGCUCCCCUCUAGACCCACCUACCUUCCUCUAAGUCCUGUCCCUUUUCCAGAAAGACCCACAUCUUUAUGUGUGCUUGGCACCAGCAGUUACAGUGACUCAGACUCUGACCUCUUUUAUCCUUAUUACUGCCCUGCUCUGGGCAAAGUAGUACAUUCAGGUCCUGUUGCACGUAUGCGCAUCUCUUCUGGGAGUCUCCAGCUAGAUGAGGAAGAAGGAGAGGAGGAUGAAGAGGUUUGCAAUCAGAGUGAUGGGGAGAAUACCACUCUUACAUCUGUCAAAGUAAUGAAGCUGUAG